UAUUAGAGUCUCCCUCUAAACGGACCAGUAUCCACUGCUACUGUCCGGACCGACUGCAAUGUGAUCUGAAACCCGACCCGCCUCUCGACCCGACCCGACUAUCUCACUCCUCCCGCCAUGUAAGCCAAGCUCUUAUGCAACUUCGGCGGCGAGUUCACUCGCAGACUCGGCCAGCUCAGCUACGUCGGCGGCAAAACCCGGCUCAUCCUCAUGGACCGGUCCGUCACCUUCGAAACCCUCCGGUUCAAGACGAGCCUCGUCAGCUCCGCUUCGCCGAGUUGCGUAGAGAUCAAGUACCAGCUUCCCAACGAGACUCUCGAGGCUCGGCUCGUCUCCGUCGCGGCGAUGAUCAGCGAGUUCGAGGCCUGGCAGAGGAUUCCGGUUUACUUGUUUGAUCGCACCGCCGGUUCGGCUUGCAGAGAGAAUGCGGUUCGGCUUGAUCCACACGGCUUCAUUGAUGCAGAGGAGGAUCUAAUAUCACUUCCUAGGGUGGGUGAUGAUUAUCCUCAGGCUUCAGUGAAUAGCGAGACCAGCCCUGCAACAUCGGAAGUUGUAGUUAAUGGAAGUGAUAGUCAAACUCUGGCUGUUGGCCAGGAAUUCUCAGAUACAAAAGCAUUUCGUGAUGCAUUGGUAGCUACGGCUAUUGCCAAGAAGUUUGAGUUAACAUUUAUCAGAUCCGACCGAGCGCGAGUAACUGCUAAAUGUGCUGAAGAUGGCUGCUCAUGGCGUAUACAUGCAUCCAAGCUUCCAGAUGUUGACACUUUCCAGAUAAAGGCAUUGAAGGGAGUGCAUUGUUGUGUACUUCCAGAACGAUCUGGCCACCGACAAGCAAAAAUGAAAUGGAUCUUAAAUUGUAUCAUGGAUCGUGUGCGAGAAAAUAUCAACUACAAACCUAAGGAAAUCAUAAAGGACAUUGAGCAAGAGUAUGGGGUUAUUAUACCAUAUUUGAAGGCCCAUCGAGCUAAAGAGCGAGCCUUGGAGUUGAUAUAUGGAAUGCCAAUGAAGGACAUAGUUUUUAAUCAAGCUGAAGUUCAGGGAGUAGAGAAGGCCUUGCAUGAUGUACUUGUCAUUGUAGGAAGAAGUCUUUGAAAGGGAGUCCAGUGCACUGUAACCUGUGCAAAAAAGCCGGACAUAAUACUGAAGUCAAGUCAAACUCAAAUUCAGGCUACGAACAGAGAAACGAAUUUUCACUGCAUGAUCUGCAAACAGAAUGGACAUAAUAGGAGGACAUGCCAGAGCAAGGUAAUUUCUCUGAUGCCUCUUACAUUGGUUCCUUUAGGAAACACAAUCAUACGCUUUAUGUUUCUCCCUCCCAACUAAAAAGUGCUCAAUUUGCAGCUGAUGGAGCAGAUGAAGGAAUUGUGUCCUAAAACAAUCAUUUUGAUGUAAUUAUUAUUGUAAUUAUUAUUAAUCAAAAGGGCAAGUUUAUUGUUCAUUGCUUAUAUUUAAUAUUUGAUUGAACAAGGUCCAAGGAAUAUGAGUUAAAG